AUGACUGAGAUGUUCGGCUCUCCUCGUGAGGCCGUAAGAGUUAAAGUAAAGAAGUGUGAGACAAGACAUCAACCAGAGUACCGAAAGUUUAGUGUUGACCCACAAAUAACAUCUAUCGAAGUAUUGCAAAGUAUAUUGAUUAAAGCGUUUGAUAUAAAAGGAGAAUUUACCGUAUCAUAUCGAGCGAUAGAUGACUACGGCUCAGAGACUUAUUUAUUUUUACUUUCUGACUGGGAUUUGGAUGCUGCAUUUAUCAGUGCUUCGGAGCCUUACUUAUAUCUCCAAGUAAAUUUAAAACCUUUUGGAGAAUCUGGUGACUGUGGUUGUGAUUGGGAACAGAGUAGUCGAGAAUUAACGAUAAAACAAGAGUCUGGUUUUCCAUACAAGACUCCUAAACUUCCAGGCUUAAUAAUGAACAAAGUAGAAAAAACAUUUAACAUGGUUCAAAGAGCACUAGGAAACUUAGGAGAAGAAUCUUCUCAACAAAAUAUUCAACCACCACGACCACCAUUGACUGAUGCUGAAUUUCGAAAGUUUCUUGAUCCAAUUGGUCAAGUAAUACAUUCAAAAGAAUUGCGGGCGGUAAUUUAUUUUGGAGGCAUUGAACCAAGUUUAAGAAAAGUAGUAUGGAAACAUAUUUUAAAUGUUUAUCCGGAUGGAAUGUCCGGUCGAGAGAGAAUGGACUAUAUGAAACGAAAAGCUCAAGAAUAUCAAUCACUUAGAGAAAGAUGGAAGUCACUGAUGCAGAAAGGUCAAAAUGUUGGUGAUUUAAGUUACGUUACAAGUAUGGUACGUAAAGAUGUUUUAAGAACUGAUAGACAUCACAAAUUUUACGGUGGAUCAGAUGAUAAUCAAAAUAUUGCAAGUUUAUUUAAUAUUUUAACAACUUAUGCAUUAAAUCAUCCAAGCGUAAGUUAUUGUCAGGGUAUGAGUGAUCUUGCGUCUCCACUUUUAGUCAUUAUGCGCGAUGAAGCACAAGCGUAUAUUUGCCUAUGUGCUUUAAUGAGAAGACUCAAGGAUAAUUUUAUGCUUGAUGGUAUUGCAAUGACAACUAAAUUUACACAUUUAGCAGAAGGUCUUCAAUGCUAUGAUCCUGAUUUUUAUGCCUAUCUAAAAUCUCAUCAAGCAGACGACUUAUUAUUCUGUUAUCGUUGGUUAUUGCUGGAAAUGAAACGGGAGUUUGCAUUAGAAGAUGCCCUGAGAAUGCUGGAAGUUCUUUGGGCUGCACUACCGGCAUCACCGCCUAAAGAUGAGCUUCACCUUGCCGAAGUUCCAUUUCCACCUCCAACACCACCACCGAGUCCAAAUAUUAAACACAUCAGAGAAAAUGCAUACACUAAAGUUUGUGCUAUCAGGCGGCUUAGUUCAUCUGCUAGUAUUGCAAGCGGAAAGAAAAAGUUUUCCAGUAUUGAUGAUCACGGUGAAACUAGUAUUAUUGAAAACAGAUCAACAUCUCCAAAAAUUAUUGAACCUGAGACAGAUAGUCAAAUAACUUCAACAAAAAAUCGAAAAAACAAUACAUUAGUAGAUAGAUUAUCUAAUAACGAAGCAUUGGAAGCUAAAUCGAAAAUAAGUAGUAAUUCUUAUGAAAUAAAAACCACAAAAUCACUGGAUGAAACAAAAGUUAAUGAACUAACGGAAAAUGAAAAAAAAUGUGCAAGAGUUGUCAAAAAUCUCAAUGAAUUUCUUAAUUUUACAUCUUUAAACCGAAAUAAAGUAGGCCCCAGUGAUAAACGUGAACUUAAACGAGUUUCUAGUGAGAAUGGUGUUAUUCGUGUUGUUCGAGAUGAUGCUGGUUCACCAGAUGACCCUACUGACUUUUAUCCUAUGACUACUUCAAUGACGAGAGAACUGAGACUAGAAUUAGAAUCAUUAGAUCGACAAGUUUUUGGUUCAUCUACUUCUAAUGAAGCAAAUGGUAGUGAUUGUGCUACGUCUAAACAAGAUUCUGACGAACCUGACAGUGAAAUUGAAUUUGAUACUGAAGUACCAAAAUGUAGUCCAGCAGCUGACGUCUUUGUUUGGGAAAAUCCACUACAUUCCUUAAAAAAUAAGAUUUCAGCAUUCGUCACUACUCCCGAUGAAUCAACUGAGACAGAAUACGAUGGUGAAAUAUUAGAAGACCAAAAUGGUGUCAAGUCUGUGACUCCUAUCAGACUCUUGAAACGCACUGCUCGAACGGAUUGUACAUCUGAUAAUGAAUCUCCUGAUAGUUGGCGAGAAAGUGCAAUAGCCUUAGAUAAUCAAUUAACUGUAACACAAGAGCAAUGUGAAGAAGCGACAGAAUUAACAGCAUUAAUCCCAGCUGGAACAUGUGAUGAUCAACUAACGGGUUUGUUACCUCCACCAUCCGAGUUUGGUGGCGGUAAUCCUUUUCUUAUGUUUUUAUGUAUUACAAUGCUUUUACAACAUCGAGAUUUUAUUAUGCGCAAUCAAAUGGAUUAUAACGAAAUGGCGAUGCACUUUGAUAAAAUGGUUCGACGUCACAAUGUUGCUCGAGUACUUUCACAGGCACGACAAUUAUUUGCUGGUUAUUUGAGAAGAUAUUCAACUCCUGGUCGACCUGAUUACGUCAGUGCUUAA